AUGUCUCAGCUCAACAAUUUCGAUGGGCUCUUCCGUCUUGACGGGAAGGUUGCUUUAAUCACCGGAGGUUUGAAGGCGCCGAAAGGCUCUCGGGGCCUCGGCCUCCAUACUGCCACUGCUUUUCUUCGCGCAGGAGCGGCGCACGUCCUUUUGGCGGCCAGAAAACUUGAGGGCGAGCAUGGGCUUACAGCUGCUCUUACGGCUUUGAAACAGGAAAUACCCGGGUGCGAGACUAAGGUGACAAUUAUAGCGUCCGAUUUGAGCAGAGUCUCAGAAGUACAAACAUUGGUCGAGACCGUGCAGAGUCGCGUGUCAAAAGUCGACAUCUUGAUCGCCAAUGCUGGCGCGACCUGGGGUGGUCCUCUUGCAACUACACCUGACGAGUCAAUUGGGAAGGUACUAGAUCUGAACGUCCGGAGUAUUAUCAACUUAGUUCGGGUGAUGAGCCCUUUGCUGGAGAAAUCAGCCACGCCAACAGAUCCUUCUAGAAUUAUUAUCGUUGGAGCCAUUGCAGGAUUCACAGUCCCAUUCACUGGUGAGAACAGUACGAUCGUGUAUUCUGUAUCAAAAGCAGCAGCCCAUCAUUUAGCACGAAAUCUGGCUGUGGAGCUUGGUCCUCGAAACAUCACCACCAACUGCAUAGCACCAGGCUUCUUCCCAAGUAAAUUAUCAAGAGGAAUCAUUGGGAUCAUGGGAGGUAUUGACAACAUGAAAGCCGCGAACCCGGUUGGCCGGAUCGGUAUGCCAGAGGACAUCGCAGGUGCAAUGCUAUAUCUGUGUUCUCAGGCCGGUUCUUUUGUCAAUGGAAUCAUCCUCCCCUUGGACGGUGGCAAUUAUCUUCAAUCGGGUCUGUUUACGAAGCUAUGA